AUGGGUUCGGUAUUCCUUCCCAAUUUACGUACAGGUUGGCACGUCGACCAAGCAAUUCUUUCAGAAGAUGAUCGAGUAGUUGUACUUCGAUUUGGUAGAGAAGAAGAAACCCCAUGCAUGAUAAUUGAUGAAUUACUAUACUCAAUAGCUGAUAAAAUCAAAAAUUUUGCCGUCAUCUACCUUGUCAAUUUAGAUAAAGUUCCCGAUUUCAAUAUAAUGUAUGAAUUGGAUCAAAAUAAACUAGAACCUUAUACAUUGAUGUUUUUUUAUCGAAACAAACAUAUUUUGUGUGAUUUUGGGACUGGUAAUAAUAAUAAAUUGAAUUUCCCCAUUUAUGAUAAACAAGAAUUGAUCGAUAUUAUCGAAACAAUUUAUCGAGGAGCAAGAAAGGGAAAAGGUUUGGUUAUAAGUCCCAAGGACUAUAGUCGAGCAGCAAAGAAUAUAUAG